AUGGUCUCCGUCGAAUCUACCCUGACUCACACGGCAGUCUCAGGCAUUGCCUCAGUGUCCGCAGAGUUGACUUCAGCAGGAUUGGAAACCGCCGCAGCUAAUGCCACGUCCUUCUUUGGAUCGGCAUCCUCAAAGGACUUUCUUCGCGCCCCGCUACAGAUUGCUUCCCAACUCGAGCAAUCCUUCCUCGGUCUUUGGAACACCUUCAAGGUAGAGAGUCUGGGUCGGCAUAUCUUCUUUGGCCCAGGGACUGUGAGACAGGCAGCCGACACCGGAGCCCAAGUGAUGGCCGACGCUGCUGCAAAUGCCGGCGCUGCGCAGGCUAUGGGUGAAGCAGGCGGUGCGGGUUGGGCGGCCUUCUUCGCGGAAGCGUUUCAAGCCAGCACAUUUAAGAGUUAUUGGGGCAUGCUACACUAUAUCACUUCAAGAUGGGCUUUUACUUGCUUUGCAAUGGCUCUCAUACUGAAUCGCAUCGGCGUCUACGGCGCGUCCAGGCAGCGCAUCUACCUGGAUUGGCCGAAGAGGCUUGCCCUUCGAAUCGUACCCAUCCUACUCUUCAUUUCACAAAUCCAUCAACUUCUGCAGGCAAUCCGAUGUCAAACCUCACCCGACUUCUCGCUCUAUCGGCAUGGGGAUAACAACAAGUACAGUCUGUUGGACUGGUCGAAAGAUGGCGGUGCGCUGCACACGCUGAGUUCGGCCAUCUUGUUUGGAUCCACAGAUGCAAGUGCUUGUGCUGCUGUCGGGCUGAGCAGGCCGUCGCCGGAUGUCCGGGCACCUCGAGGCUCCUUCUCGCUUCUGUGGCCGUCCUUCUUACGUUUGAGCCUGUCUCACAUCGUGGAGAGCUUGUCUUGUUCACUGCAACAAAUACCUGCCAUGACGGAAGUUGGCAUGACGGUAUUUGAACACUCUCUGGCAUUUGCAGAAGCGGAGACAGCAUUGGCACAUACCCUAGGGUUGGGCCUAUUCGGCUCGUCGAAAUCCUCCGACGCCAGCUCUUCAAACAUAACCAUGUCCAGCUCUGAGCCUACAAUCCCAGCAUCUGGUACCAUUCUUGCGUUGGCAGAUGCUACGGCGUCCCUGACCGGCCCUCACAUUCUAGACCGGGUCAACGUACCGGUAGAAGUUCUUUUGGUGACGCUGCUCUCAUGCGGCAACUCCUUGACGUCUCAUGUUCUUGCUGUAAUGGGCAAGCAACGUCGGUGGCGUCUUGUUAAUACCGGCAUUUGGGGCAUGGCUUUCAUGGGUUCCUUUGUUUGGGGCCUUUUCAGUACGAGCACGAUGGUCAGAGGAGGUGACGACGGCGAUGAUCGUCCGGUCAGCAGCUUAUUACACUUCCCAACGGUGGCUAUCGUCGGAUUCCUUCCACAUAUGGCUAUCUUGCUUGGCAUUGGAGUCUGUUUUAUCAUCUAUCUUGUUGCACUCACCUUCACGGCAAUCUCACUAGGAACAAAUCCGCAUAUUCCACAGCCUAGCAGUCUCAAAGAACGGUUCAGCAUUGCACAUGACAAUCUACAAGCAGCCAUCCAGACUAGGGGCAUCAAUAUUCGGUGGUAUGAGGACUUUUACACGGCCCUUCUUCGGGUCGGGUUCGCCGCUUUGACCGCUGCCUCGGAAUCGGUUUUCCUCAACGAAGGCAGGGCCGUCGAAGUGCGCCAAUUCACUUGGAUUGAAGAAGACCGAUUGGAUGAGUUUGAAGGUGCAGGGGAUGAGAAGCUGGGAACUACAAGAGGUCAACAGUUUCAGAUACUGGAAGAGUAUGGCCUUCCGUCAUCGACUCCUGGAGGGACCGACAAAGGUGGUGUCUGGGAGUCUGGGUAUUCCAAAGAGCGCAAGUUUGACAAAAAGGAUGGUGAGCUCGAAGGCAAAGAUUCCUUUGUUUAUCCAACCCCUCAAAACGGUGGAGUUGGCGCUGUGCAGCGUACUACCCGAUUUUAUUUAUUGAUGAUCUAUCUCCGAGGCAUUAUCUUCCUGAUUGCUGGUUACGUUGGUUUCGGUGCUGGGGUCUUGCUUGAUUCUAUUGGAAUAACAGGCCGUCCUAGUUGGCUAAGGAAACUGGUCGGUCGGUCACUCAAGAAGAUGCACGCUGAACGCAAUAGUAAUGGAAGGGGCCGCAUGCUCGACUUUUGGUUGAUUGGCGAAGAUGGGAAGUUGACAGUACCUCUGACGGACGAGAUCGACAUCGAGCCAGAGAUGCGCAGGCGCUUGAUGACUGAAUUUCCCAGUGACAAGGUUGAUGAAUUGCUCGAUUCCAAGUUAUAUGAUUGGUGGAGGUCUGGUGGAUGGUUUGGCGUGAAAGACGGAAGCGGUGAUUACCAACCGCCUCCUCAGCACGAUGGUUUUGACGAUACGACGAGUGUGAUUUCCAUGUCAACCGAAGCUACGACUGAUCGAAGUGAGAGCGGGGUCGACGAAGACGAGGAUGGAUGGGAGUCAGAACCGGAUGGUACAAAAACACCCACCCAGGCAUCUGCUGGCCCGACAUGGUCGUUUGCUGGAAUCGAGUCGCGAGAAUCGAGCCCUUUUACUGACACACCAUUGGAUGCCACGAGCCUCGCCAGACUGUUAGACCCCCAAGACCGAGAAUCACGAGACGAAGCGCGGAUUCUAGCGGCUCACCUCAAGAGUGUGUCAGCCGAGUCUCCUGGGAUCAUGACACGUUCCCGCUAUCGACGGGAAAUGGAGAGAGAACGAGCGCGCAUUCUUUUGGCUGGGAGGACACCACCAAAGCUACCUAGUCACGUUCCGACGAUAUCUCUCUUCGACACAUCACACGUCUCUGGUCCUCGACCAUUGACCAAUGCCGAAGAGGCAGAGGUCCUGGAAUCUCUGAUCCUAAGUCGCCGGAAGAGGAAACCGACCGCUUCGCAGUCUCAUGGGAGGUUUGACUCUGCCGAGGAUGAGUCAAGUCAGGCCGGGCCAUGUUGCGUGGUAUGCCAGACGUCUCCCCGAUCAAUCAUCGCGUGGCCUUGCCGGUGUCUGAUCGUAUGUGAGGAUUGCCGUAUCAGCUUGGCACUGAACAACUUUGGGAACUGCGUCACUUGCCGAAGGCCCGUCCAGGGGUUCGUGAGGUUGUAUGUACCUUGA